AUGCGCGGACGAGUCCAUGAAUCAGAUGCAGACGUCGCGGAUGACAGGGCCUGGGCGCUGGCGGGCUGCGAAAAAAACCCAACAGACACCUCCGCUUCACGCCCUUCCCCCGUCACCGCAUUCUACGAGGUCCCGCCUGCCUCGUGUUCCACAAACAGGACCGCCAUCGUGAGUCAGCGAGACCCCAUCGAAGUCCCAAAUCAGCGCCGUGUUUGCCUUCGUGAUUUUUUUUGUGCCAGGUGA